AAAGUUUUCUUCAUAUCCAGGAUCGAGGUUAAAGAUAAACUAGCCUCAUCCGCUGCACCACAAUCGAUGUUGGUGGUGGAGUCUAAUUCAAUUAUUAAUAAGUCGGGGCAAUUACACGCAUAUCACAAAAAUAAAAAAAAUACAAAAAAAAAUAUACAGUUCCCUUUACGUCUCUCUGUAAAUAAAAAUAAAAUCUCCCAUACACAUAACACACACACCAUUUUCAUUUCCAUUUUUCUCCAUUUUUGAAGCUCAACAAAAUCAUCUCUAACAAUGGCGGCUUAUGCAGUAGUAAUGGAAAACCUAAAAGAAAGAUCACAAUUUAUGAACGAAUCAAUGCAAAAAAGCCAAACAAUUACUGAUAAUAUGAUCUCCAUUCUUGGUUCCUUUGAUCAUCGUCUCUCUGCCCUCGAAACCGCAAUGCGUCCUACUCAGAUAAGGACACAUUCGAUUAGGAAAGCACAUGAGAAUAUUGACAAGACGUUGAAGGUAGCUGAGGUGAUAUUAGGUCAAUUCGAUCUUGCACGCCAGACAGAGGCCAAAAUAUUGCGAGGGCCACAUGAGGAUUUGGAAAGUUAUCUGGAAGCAAUUAAUCAACUAAGGGAUAUUGUUAAAUUUUUCAGCAGUACCAAAGGCCUUAAGAGUAGUAUUGGUAUGAUUAAUCAUGUUUCAAAUUUACUGGCAAAGUCUAUUCUUAAGCUUGAAGAAGAAUUCCGUCAGCUUCUAACUUCGUACAGUAAACCUAUUGAACCUGAUCGUCUUUUCGAUUGCCUACCCCAAUCUCUGAGACCAUCUACAGGAUCACCUAGUAAGGGUGAUGUUACUGGAUCGAAAGAGCACCAACGAAGUUUAGAAACAGUUGUUUACCAUCCUCCAGCACUCAUUCCCCCUAGAAUACUGCCCUUGCUACAUGAGUUGGCUACGCAAAUGGUUCAAGCCGGCCAUCAACAGCAACUGUAUACUAUUUAUAAUGAAAUACGCUCUGUAGUCGUGGAACAAAGUCUUAGAAAGCUAGGUGUGGAAAGGCUUGGCAAAGAGGAUGUACAGAAAAUGCAGUGGGAAGUUUUAGAGGCAAAAAUAGGAAACUGGAUUCACUUCAUGCGGAUAUCCGUAAAACUUUUAUUUGCUGCAGAGAAGAGAGUCGCUGAUCAAAUUUUUGAAGGUCAGGAUAGUCUUAGAGAUCAAUGUUUCGCAGAGGUUACUGGAAAUAGUGUAUCGGUGCUUCUUAGCUUUGGAGAAGCUAUUGCCAAGAGCAAACGAUCGCCUGAAAAGCUAUUUGUCCUUCUAGAUAUGUAUGAGAUAAUGAGAGAACUUCAGUCAGAGAUGGAUAGUAUAUUCGGAAGCAAAUAUUGUGCUGAAAUGAGAGAAUCUGCUACACUGUUGACUGAUCGUCUGGCUGAGACUGCACAAGAGACCUUUGUAGAUUUUGAAGAAGCAGUAGAAAAGGAUGCCACCAAGACUUCUGUUCUUGAUGGAACUGUCCAUCCUUUAACUAGUUAUGUGAUAAAUUAUGUUAAGUUUUUGUUUGACUAUCAAUCAACUCUAAAGCAACUUUUCGGAGACGCUGAUGAGGGUCAUAAAGAUCAGUUGGGAGUUAUAACCACACGGAUAUUGCAAGCUCUUCAGAGCAACUUGGAUGGGAAAUCUAAGCAAUACAAAGAUCCUGCAUUGACUCAAUUAUUUCUAAUGAAUAACAUCCACUACAUUGUAAGAUCUGUUCGCAGGUCAGAAGCAAAGGAUGUGCUUGGUGAUGAUUGGGUGCAAAUACAUAGAAGGGUAGUUCAGCAGCAUGCAAAUCAGUACAAGAGGAUCUCUUGGUCUAAGAUUCUGCAGACUCUCUCUGUCCAAGGAGGUUCCGGGAAUGCUUCAUUUACUGGUGAAGUCAGUAGCAGCGCUAGUAUCUCUAGGUCUGGUGUGAAAGACAGGUUUAAGACCUUCAACAUGUUAUUUGAGGAGAUUCAUCAGAGGCAAUCUCAAUGGACAGUUCCUGACAGUGAGUUGCGCGAGUCUUUAAGGCUCGCGGUUGCUGAAGUCCUAUUGCCUGCAUACAGGUCUUUCGCUAAGCGUUUCGGGCCGAUGAUUGAGAGUGGCAAAAAUCCCCAGAAGUAUAUCAGAUACAGUCCGGAGGAUCUUGAACGAAUGCUGGCAGAGUUUUUCGAAGGAAAAACUUGGAAAGGACCUUAAACAGAUGUAAGAUCUAAAAACAUAGUAGUUGAUAGGAGUAGUUUUUUUCUGCUAUUCUUUCUGUUAGUUUAGUUGUUUCGAUAUUCUUUAGUCACUGCAAGUUUGAUCAAAUAAAAUUGGGGAUGUAAAGUGUAUAAUGCAUUUAUCAUUAUAAUGUAGUAAGUAGUAACUAUUAUUUCUUGAUUGAAGUAAAAUCAUUUCACUAC